CGCCCGUCGCAGCGCGGAAGGAGAGUGGGGAGGUGGCGCGGCUCGGCCCGUCCGCAGGGCCCGGCCGAGGGGCGAGCCAGCGGUGAGGCGGCGGCCCGGGCCACAGCGGGCCGGGCGCGGGCAGCCCUCGGCAGGGAGCGAGGAGCAGCCGAGGCAAGCCUUGAGGAGUCGCCGAGCUGCCGCGGGGAUGAAGGACCGGCUGGCUGACCUGGCUGAGUACAAAGGAAGUGAAGAUGGGGAGACAGUUGUUGUUGAAAAAGACCAUUUUAUGGAUGACUUUUUCCAACAGGUUGAGGAACUUAGAAAUAAUAUAGCAAAAAUAGCACAAAAUGUGGAAGAAGUGAAGAAGCAGCACAGCAUUAUCCUGUCAGCACCAAAUCCUGAAGGAAGAACAAAGGAAGAACUUGAAGAACUAAAUGAGGAAAUAAAGAAGAUUGCUAAUAAAAUCCGAGCCAGGUUAAAGGGGACUUGCUCUGGAGCACACCUACUGUAUUUUAAAUUCAGACUAGCUGAUUUUGCUGUGACUUUCCCCUCUAUUGAACAGAGUUUUGAUCAGGGUGAAAAUACUAAUCGGACAUCAGUGGACCUCAGGAUAAGAAAAACACAGCAUUCUGUACUAGCUCACAAGUUUGUGGAGGUCAUGACGGAAUACAACGAGACUCAAACUCUUUUUCGAGAACGCAGCAAAGGUCGGAUACAGAGACAAUUGGAGAUAACUGGAAAGACCACCACUGAUGAGGAACUGGAAGAAAUGUUAGAGAGUGGUAAUCCUGCAAUUUUCACUUCUGAUAUUAUAUCAGACUCUCAAAUAACUAGACAAGCACUGAAUGAAAUAGAGUCACGUCACAAGGAUAUUAUGAAACUGGAAAGUAGCAUACGGGAACUACACGAAAUGUUUAUGGACAUGGCAAUGUUUGUUGAGACUCAGGGUGAAAUGAUUAACAACAUAGAAAAGAACGUGAUGAAUGCAACAGAUUAUGUGGAACAUGCAAAAGAAGAGACAAAAAAAGCAAUUAAAUAUCAAAGUAAAGCACGAAGGAAAUUGAUAUUCAUAAUUAUAUGUGUAACUGUAUUGCUUCUGAUACUUGGGAUUAUCCUAGCAACAACACUAUCAUAGCAAGCACAUUCCAAGAGUUAAGAACCUUCAGAAACUCCAAAAUACAUCUUCAGUAAAAGCAAACUUGUUAAUGAUGCCUUACACUGUUCCAUGAUGAUGACCCAUUGCUAAUGGUUAAAAAUGAAAACAAAGUCACUCCUAAUGUUUACUUAAAAAUGAAGCUCAGAAUGUGUUAGCAUAUGUCUGGAUUUUUGUCAUAAACUACACAUUUGUAAGACUGAAAUGUUGUUUUGAACUAAAGAAACAGGAUUUUUUUAAAUCUCAGUGUUACAAACAGUUUAAGUAGGGAGUUGAGAGACUAUUGAGUUUUGACUGUUCAGCUUUUUUUCUUACUGCUAGUGUAAUUCUAGUAAUGAAUUUUAGUACCAUAACAGUGCUGCUUUUGUUAGCACUCUUGUGAAGAUUUUUGAGAUGUAGCCUUGUCUUUAAGUGUACUAAUUACUUAGUCACCUUAACAUAUAUAAACUUGAUAUUUAACAGUUUUUUUUCUGACAAGUGCUAAAAUAUUUUAUCCCUGAACGACUACUUAUUUAGCUGUCUGCCUGUUGCAUUACACUUGAGAAGGAAAAAAACCCUUUUUUAUACUUCCCUUUGUUUUAACUUUUUUCUUUCAAUGCCCCUGAGGUGAAUUGCUUUAAGCAUUUCCUUGCCUUUACAAUAAAAACUUAGUUGCAACUUUUCUGGUAAAAGAAGGCAGUGUUGAAGCACACCAGAUCUGAACUUGAACAGAUAAUUUGACAAAGAAGCCUGUGCACAGGAAGCAGAUGGAGCUGUUUAGCCUUAUUGUUCAUAUGAGAAAAAUCACAAUUUGUCUCUAUAAAGCCAAGUCAAGAUUUCUGUUUCAGAAGCUUGCUAACUGUGGAUGUGUGAAUAUAGCACAUAGGGAUAAACUCCCUCAGAGAAGUCUGAAACAUAAUAUGAGCUAAGACACUGAUUUGUUAUGAAAUGUGAUGUUAUAUAACAUGUAUGAAGUGUUUUAGUAUAUACAUACCUGUUGUAAUGCUAACUUGCAAGACUUGAGAGCUUGACAGACUUCAAAUGUAACCAAAUAACUGCAUUUAAUGCUACAGGUUAUUUUUGUAUUUUGUGUGUAAAAUAUUUGUAACUUGAAUAUUUGACUCAUUGUUUAAGGAUAUCCAUGUAGAUAUGUAGAUAUAUUUACCCUGCAGGAGAAUUAGAAGAAAGUAUCAUUGUGUGCCUUUUUAAACACAGUCUAAAACUACACUUACCGAUGUUUCCAAAUAUUCCACUGUAAUAACUGUAGUAACUUGGUCCUGAAAGGUUAGAAUCCUUCAACUCAUGUGUUGUUCAAAGUGUCUGAGAUCUAAGUUACUCAGUAAACUAUAAUUCAGUCUGUCGACUUCAUGAAAUUCAGCAAGUUUACAAUUUAUAUUGUAUGGAUGAAUAUUCCUGCUUUGCUGUCCAAAUAUACUGUGAAUGUGCUGGAGCUAGUCAGAUGUCAAAACAUGUUUUAAAAAGAAAAACAAUACUAUUAUGGGUCUUCUUGCGAGUCAGCCAUAAAGAAGCCAACUGAAAAAAUUCAGCUUCAUCAAUGAACAAAUUUCCAUACCUCCGAGUCCAGACCACUCACUGAUGUUUGUGAGGAAGUUUACAUGCAAAGCAAGGAAAGAUUGAUUGCCUUAGUACUUGUUCUAGGUAAAAUAUAUUUUUAUUCUAUAGUUUUCUAGAUUUUUAUCAGUAAGUAUUAUUUAUACAGAUAUACAAAUUAGAUUGGGGAGGGAAAUCAGUUCUGCUGUUUAACAGCUGGUUACCUAAAAUGACCCCCAAAAUCCUCUCAUGUUGAAUUUUUUUAUUUAGAAUGCAGUAAUUUGCCCAUGAAGAGCAGAAAUUUGGAUAGGCCACUCCAUACUUUUUACUUGUUAUAUAGCUGCCUCAAUGAGUUUGUUUUAAAAUGAAACAAGACUUGUCUUUCACAUGAACUACUUGGUUCUGUUAAUAUUGCAAGGGAGUAAAUCUCUAACCUAUGCACUAAUAAAUUUAUCCAAGCAAAGUA